AUGUGUCCUGGCCUAUCUGAAGAUCUCCAACAGAUUGAUGACUCCAGGAAAACGGCCAUUAUCAACCGAGAGCUGAGAAGGCUUAACAUCGACAUUGCUGCUUUACAGGAAACCAGACUUCCAUCAAACGGUAGCCUAAGAGAGGAGGAUUAUACAUUCUUCUGGCAAGGAAAUGAACCAGAGGAAUCACGUAUACACGGUGUAGGAUUCGCAGUGAGAAACUCUCUACUGUCAUCAGUGGAACCGCCUCAAAAGGGUACACCCAGAAUCCUGUCUCUUCGCCUCUCCACCUCCUCCGGGCAUGUCAACAUUCUGAUCAUCUAUGCUCCCACACUCAGCUCCACAGUGGAGACAAAGGACACGUUCUAUGAGGCACUUGAGACUACCAUCAGAGAUAUCCCAAUCACAGAACAAGUAUAUCUGCUUGGGGAUUUUAACGCAAGAGUGGAAACUGACCAAGAAGCUUGGCCUCGCAACAUCGGCCACUUUGGCGUUGGGAAACUAAACGAUAACGGUCAGCGACUUCUUGAGAUAUGCUCCUACCACGACCUGUGCAUAACCAACACAUUCUUUGCCACAAAGCCCAAACACAGAGUCUCAUGGCGUCAUCCCAGAUCAAACCAUUGGCACCAACUGGACCUUGUGAUCACCAGAAGAUGCUCACUGAACUGUGUCCUGACAACCCGCAGCUACCACAGUGCGGACUGCGAUACCGACCACUCACUUGUUGGCAGUAAGGUGCGACUCCAGCCAAAAAGGAUUCAUCGCUCCAAACAGAAAGGACGUCCACGAAUAAACACAGCAAGGACAGCAAUGCCAGAUGUUUGCGCACGCUUUGUUGACUCUAUUGAAGAGGCCCUUCGUAACUGCCCCACCAGCAGUGCUGAUGAGAGGUGGAACUACAUUCGUGACGCCAUUUACACCUCAGCGAUGGACACUUUCGGCAAGAGAGUGAGACAAAUUCCAGACUGGUUUAAGGCAGGAAUUACAGAACUCGAACCAGCAAUCACAGCCAAAAGAAACGCCCUGCUCAACUACAAACGUGGACCUUCAGAGAAGACACUUGCAGAACUCAGAAAGGCCAGAAAUGACGCCCAACGGAUAGCUCGACGCAGCGCAAAUGACUACUGGCUGAAUCUCUGUAAGGGUAUCCAGCACUCUGCUGACUGUGGAAACAUUCGCGCCAUGUACGAAGGCAUGAAGAAAGUUUUUGGUCCGAGCAUCAUCAAGACAGCGCCGCUGAAAACAGUCUCUGGUGACAUCAUCACUGACAGAGGAAAGCAAAUGGAGAGGUGGGCUGAACACUAUCAAGAGCUCUACUCAAGAGAAAAUCUCGUCAGUGUCACAGCUGUUGAGAACACCAAUGUCCUACCAACUAUGGACCAACUUGAUGCUCCACCUUCGAUAGAUUAG